UUUUUUUUUUUUUUUUUUAGACAGAUUCUCCCUCUGUUGCCCAGGCUGGAGUGCAGUGGCGCUGAUCUUGGCUCACUGCAGCCUCCACCUUCUGGUUCAAGCGAUUCUCGUGCCUCAGACUCCCGAGUAGCUGGGAUUACAGCCUGGAGCAUUGGUAAGCAUCACACUGCCAAAGUGAGAGCUGCUGGAGAACUCAUAAUCCCAGGAACGGCUCUUCUACUCCCCGAGUACCCCAGUGACCAGAGUGAGAGAAGCUCUGAACGAGGGCACGUGGCUUGAAGGACUGUGGGCAGAUGUGACCAGGAGCCUGCGUUAAGUUGUACAAUGGUAGAUGGAGUGAUGAUUCUUCCUGUGCUUAUCAUGAUUGCUCUCCCCUCCCCUAGUAUGGAAGAUGAGAAGCCCAAGGUCAACCCCAAACUCUACAUGUGUGUGUGUGAAGGUCUUUCCUGCGGUAAUGAGGACCACUGUGAAGGCCAGCAGUGCUUUUCCUCACUGAGCAUCAACGAUGGCUUCCACGUCUACCAGAAAGGCUGCUUCCAGGUUUAUGAGCAGGGAAAGAUGACCUGUAAGACCCCACCAUCCCCUGGCCAAGCCGUGGAGUGCUGCCAAGGGGACUGGUGUAACAGGAACAUCACGGCCCAGCUGCCCACUAAAGGAAAAUCCUUCCCUGGAACACAGAAUUUCCACUUGGAGGUUGGCCUCAUUAUUCUCUCUGUAGUGUUCGCAGUAUGUCUUUUAGCCUGCCUGCUGGGAGUUGCUCUCCGAAAAUUUAAAAGGCGCAACCAAGAACGCCUCAAUCCCCGAGACGUGGAGUAUGGCACUAUCGAAGGGCUCAUCACCACCAAUGUUGGAGACAGCACUUUAGCAGAUUUAUUGGAUCAUUCAUGUACAUCAGGAAGUGGCUCUGGUCUUCCUUUUCUGGUACAGAGAACAGUGGCUCGCCAGAUUACACUGUUGGAGUGUGUCGGGAAAGGCAGGUAUGGUGAGGUGUGGAGGGGUAGCUGGCAAGGGGAGAAUGUUGCUGUGAAGAUCUUCUCCUCCCGUGAUGAGAAGUCAUGGUUCAGGGAAACGGAAUUGUACAACACUGUGAUGCUGAGGCAUGAAAAUAUCUUAGGUUUCAUUGCUUCAGACAUGACAUCAAGACACUCCAGUACCCAGCUAUGGUUAAUUACACAUUAUCAUGAAAUGGGAUCAUUGUACGACUAUCUUCAGCUUACUACUCUGGAUACAGUUAGCUGCCUUCGAAUAGUGCUGUCCAUAGCUAGUGGUCUUGCACAUUUGCACAUAGAGAUAUUUGGGACCCAAGGGAAACCAGCCAUUGCUCAUCGAGAUUUAAAGAGCAAAAAUAUUCUGGUUAAGAAGAAUGGACAGUGUUGCAUAGCAGAUUUGGGCCUGGCAGUCAUGCAUUCCCAGAGCACCAAUCAGCUUGAUGUGGGGAACAAUCCCCGUGUGGGCACCAAACGCUACAUGGCCCCCGAAGUUCUAGAUGAAACCAUCCAGGUGGAUUGUUUCGAUUCUUAUAAGAGGGUCGAUAUUUGGGCCUUUGGACUUGUUUUGUGGGAAGUGGCCAGGCGGAUGGUGAGCAAUGGUAUAGUGGAGGAUUACAAGCCACCAUUCUACGAUGUGGUUCCCAAUGACCCAAGUUUUGAAGAUAUGAGGAAAGUAGUCUGUGUGGAUCAACAAAGGCCAAACAUACCCAACAGAUGGUUCUCAGACCCGACAUUAACGUCUCUGGCCAAGCUAAUGAAAGAAUGCUGGUAUCAAAAUCCAUCCGCAAGACUCACAGCACUGCGUAUCAAAAAGACUUUGACCAAAAUUGAUAAUUCCCUCGACAAAUUGAAAACUGACUGUUGACAUUUUCAUAGUGUCAAGAAGGAAGAUUUGACGUUGUUGUCAUUGUCCAGCUGGGACCUAAUGCUGGCCUGACUGGUUGUCAGAACAGAAUCCAUCUGUCUCCCUCCCGAAAUGGCUGCCUUGACAAGGCAGACAUUGUACCCAGCCAUGUAUUGGGGAGACAUCAAAACCACCCUAACCUCGCUCGAUGACUGUGAACUGGGCAUUUCACGAACUGUUCACACUGCAGAGACUAAUGUUGGACAGACACUGUUGCAAAGGUAGGGACUGGAGGAACACAGAGAAAUCCUAAAAGAGAUCUGGGCAUUAAGACAGUGGCUUCGCAUAGCUUUCACAAGUAUCCUAGACACUCCCCACGGGAAACUCAAGGAGGUGGUGAAUUUUUAAUCAGCAAUAUUGCCUGUGCUUCUCUUCUUUAUUGCACUAGGAAUUCUUUGCAUUCCUUACUUGCACUGUUACUCUUAAUUUUAAAGACCCAACUUGCCAAAAUGUUGGCUGCGUACUCCACUGGUCUGUCUUUGGAUAAUAGGAAUUCAAUUUGGCAAAACAAAAUGUAAUGUCAGACUUUUCUGCAUUUUACACAUGUGCUGAUGUUUACAAUGAUGCCGAACAUUAGGAAUUGUUUAUACACAACUUUGCAAAUUAUUUAUUACUUGUGCACUUGGUAGUUUUUACAAAACUGCUUCGUGCAUAUGUUAAAGCUUAUUUUUUAUGUGGUCUUAUGAUUUUAUUACCGAAAUGUUUUUAACACUAUACUCUAAAAUGGACAUUUUCUUUUAUUAUCAGUUAAAUUCACAUUUUAAGUGCUUCACAUUUGUAUGUGUGUAGACUGUAACUUUUUUUCAGUUCAUAUGCAGAACGUAUUUAGCCAUUACCCACAUGACACCACCGAAUAUAUUACUGAUUUAGAAGCAAAGAUUCAGUAGAAUUUUAGUCCUGAACGCUACGGGGAAAAUGCAUUUUCUUCAGAGUUAUCCAUUAUGUGCAUUUAAACUCUGCCAGAAAAAAAUAACUAUUUUGUUUUAAUCUACUUUUUGUAUUUAGUAGUUAUUUGUAUAAAUUAAAUAAACUGUUUUCAAGUCAAA